AAGGGCCCAUAAGGCUUCGUGGGCUUCAUCGUUCCUUUUAACGUGCGCGUGGUAUCCUAUCGUACACAGCGAAGAAGCGGGGGAAAAGAGGAAUCUAAAUCGGGAGUUGGGCGCAUUUUAGCCGUCCUUCAAAUCCUUUGCUCCGAUUACAUCGGUUUCGUCUCUGUUUCCUUUGAUCCGGUACUGUAGAAUCCGAUGGCUGCUCCACCUGCUAGGGCCAGAGCUGAUUACGACUAUCUCAUCAAGCUUCUUCUGAUCGGAGAUAGCGGUGUGGGUAAGAGUUGUCUGCUUCUACGUUUCUCUGAUGGCUCCUUCACCACUAGCUUCAUCACCACCAUUGGCAUUGACUUUAAGAUCAGAACCAUUGAGCUUGAUGGCAAACGUAUCAAGCUCCAGAUUUGGGACACUGCUGGUCAAGAACGUUUCCGCACCAUCACCACCGCUUAUUACCGUGGGGCGAUGGGCAUUUUGUUGGUCUAUGAUGUCACUGACGAGUCCUCCUUCAACAACAUUAGGAACUGGAUUCGUAAUAUUGAACAGCAUGCGUCAGAUAAUGUUAACAAGAUCUUGGUUGGGAACAAGGCUGACAUGGACGAAAGCAAGAGGGCGGUUCCUACAGCAAAGGGUCAGGCUCUUGCUGAUGAGUACGGAAUUAAGUUCUUUGAAACUAGUGCUAAGACAAACCUAAACGUGGAAGAAGUUUUCUUCUCCAUCGGGAGGGACAUAAAGCAGAGGCUUUCUGACACUGACUCCAGGGCUGAGCCUGCGACGAUCAGGAUAAGCCAAACUGACCAGGCAGCUGGAGCUGCGCAGGCCACACAGAAGUCUGCAUGCUGUGGAAGUUAAAGACAAAUUAUAUAAACUGAAGUUUUCAAGUAAAAAACAAAAACUAAAAUGUCGCUGGGUGCGUGCUUCUGUAAUUUUUUUUAUGUUUUAUCCUCAAACAUGUCUGAUUCGUUCUAAAUUGCCUUUUCCUAUUGCUUUGCUCUUUUUA